AUGGUCCAAAGAGUCACUGGGUUGGCCCCGCACCGUCGUGUUCAGAAGGCACUGGUGGGAUACUUGAUAAUGAUCAGCUCAGCAGCCGGCCAGACAACUACCUUUGACCCUGCGUUCCAGGGCAUCUACUUUGCCGAAAACCGUGAUAGAAACCCCGACUGCAACUUCUUCACGGAAUGUGUUGGCAACACGCUGUCUCUGAGGUAUGGUGGUGGCACUUCAGUAUGUCCUUCUGACUAUCCGAACUGCGUCACCGUUACCAUUUUCGACAAAUUCCCCGAAGCAACUACCAAAUGGAGAGAAAUAGGUUGCGGAGUCACAGGUUACGCCGUUCACUCGUUAUACCGCGAGAUAGCUACGUCAACUAGCUCAGCCAGCUCAACCUCCAGCACGACUUCCAGCACGACUUCCAGCACUCCACAACCGCCCACUCCAGCGUCCUCGGCCUCCAUCACGGAGCCGUCAAUCACAUCCUCCGCGGCCACGACAGCUACCGCUACCGCUACCGCAGACCCACAGCCUUCUACUCCCUCACAAUCCAAAGCCUGGAUGGCUGGAACCAUCGUCGGAGCCAUGGCCGUCUUGCUGUUAUGCGGCGGUUUAUUUGCUUUGUGGUGGCGGCGGAAGAAUCAGAAGGAACAUGCAAGGCUCGAAAAAGACAGCUUGAACGUAAAGAGCGACGAUAUGACACCCAGCGGAAGUCCGACCACGAUGGUCCAGACAAGAUACGAAGGGGACCAUAUGGAGGAACAAGGUCAGAUGGGCAACCCAUUGCCUGAGCUUUAUACACCACAUCCGCUAUCACCGUCGACUCUAUACUCGUCGUACUAUCCGCCUUCGACUCCAUCGCAAUACGGCCCAUACCCCUAUCACUCGGUGCUUUCGGGACCUGGAACCCCAUCGACUAUGUCCGGCUGGCAAGGGCACGGCCUAUCACCACCGCCGGCGGUUUUGGAGCUGCACUCGGAGAGUUCAGCGAAUGCGGCGAUGCGGUAUCAGAAUGGUUCACGGGUUAUUGCGGAGAUACCGACUCCUGAUCAACGGGCUAUGGAGAGGCAGGCGAAGCAGGAUAUUACUGUUGAGGCCCCGUGA